GGUGGAUCCUAGAGUACAGAUUGAACUUGAAAGAUUGAACACAGCUACAGAUGAUAUCAAUAAACUCGAAGUUGAUUUGGAUCUAGAGUUUUUGAAUUAGAAAACAUAUAUUCUUCAAAGGUUCAAAUUAAUUGCUAGUUUUGAAACGAGUUCUGACUAGAUUUCAUUGAAGUGAUUGAUGUAUAGCAUACAGGCAAAAUGGAUAAUGGCUCGUGAAGAUGAUCACCUACGUAGUCAUUUAUCACAAUGACAGCUAAAGAAACUAUUCAUGACGAAGCAAGGGCCACGUUCAGGGAAUUAUUGUGCGAAUCUACCAUUCAAAUUGAUUCUCUGGCUAAAAAACUUGGAGCCUGUAUUGAAAAAUCUAGACCCUAUUAUGAUUCUAGAUUUAAAGCAAAAGAAGCUCUACAAGAGACACAAAAGGCUGCGAUUAGAUUUGAAAGAGCUAACAGUCAACAUGCAGCUGCUAAAGAGAUGGUAUAUUUAGCAGAAGAGGGAUUAAGAACGGAAGGGAGAUGUUUUGAUCAUGCGUGGCAGGAAAUGUUAAAUCAUGCAACAGCUAGAGUUAAUGAAUCAGAGCACGAACGAGCUCUAUCUGAGGCAGAGCAUAGGCAUACGACUGCAUUGUACCAUAAAGCGGAACAUGAAGUUCAAAGAUUACAAAGAGAAUUAAAACGUGCAAUUGCCAAGUCAAGUAUGGGUGCACGUCGCAGCUUGCUUCUGAUAAACAGUAUCGCCUACAGGCACAACUUGCUCAUGUUGCCUUAUUAUGAAAUGAAAGCACAUUUCAACCAAAUGUUAGAAGAACAAAAGAUGAAAGUUAGUGUAUUGGAGAGAUCAGUUGGCGAAGCUAAAAUGACAUAUGCAGAAGCUUUGAGAAACUUAGAACGUAUUAGUGAUGAGAUACAUAAGACAAGACAAUGCGACACUUCAGAUGAUUAUGGAAAGCAUAUACGAGAUGGUACAGAUCCUUCCUCCAUGCAGACAAAUACAGCAACUCCAACUGAUUCAAGUAUAACUGGUUCACCAGAUAGUACAGAUUAUACUAGUGAUGAAUAUUUGCGCCUCUCUGAUAGAAUGAGUCCAAGUACUCCUUGCCUUGUGCCUACCAAAAUUGAGAGGAACCCAUCCUCUGAAUAUUUGGGCCUAAAUAAUAUGAAUCUUUCAACUUCAGAACCUCGGAAAUAUAUAAAGAGAGACCGUCCGCGAAGCAUCGCCACAACUGACACGAAACAUAUCGUACAAUUAAAUCAUACAAGUUCUUCUACAUCUCGUUUAUCUGAUCUUUCUAACAUUAUAUCCCCUAUCGAAAAGAAGGUUAAGAUUCAAUCACCAGUGCGUGAUGAGAAAAAUAAUUCUGCAACGCAGAAUGGCGAAGAAUGGACAGAAAUAAGUUUGAAUAAUUCUCCUGAUGAAAUAUACUACAACAAUGACAUCUAUUCUGAUGAAGAAGAUCAAAUUCCUUAUAAACCUUUGCCAAUGGAUUUGAGUCCAGAAAAUGUCAAUCUUCCAAUUCUUCCAAUAAAUAUUCAAGCAUUGAAUAAUGAUCAAAAUAAUCGGAAACGGUUAGUUUCACAGAAAUCUUUACCUUCAAUGACACGAACAAAUGAAGUUAGUUUAAGCGAAGAAAAGAGAGCAGAGGUCACAAGAAGUCCAUCAGUAAGAAGUAAGGGUAAACUUGACACUAGUUUAGCCAAUUGGAUUACUCGAAGUUCUGCUGCUAGUGAAAUGAGUGAUGGUAGUUCUGCUAAUUCAAGUAGAAGACAGUCUCUGGAUAUGUUAUGGAGUGGAGGAACAGGAGAACGAGUCAAAGAAUUAUUAAAUCAUGGAAUGAUGAUGCUAAACAUAUCCGGUCUAACAGAACGUCGUUCUAGCGAACCAAAAACAAGUGAAAGAGAUAAAGAAAAAUCUGAAAAAUUAGAAUCGAAAGGGAAGAAGGUUCCAAGUCCUUUAGAAAAAACUAUGACCUAUCUCAACCCAGAUGAAGAAACUUCAGAUAGUGAAAGUUUAGCCAGUGUGGAGAUGUUAACAGAAGAUCAAAUAUCAUCUCUAAUGAUGGAACCUGAUAUGAAUCAAGUUUGCCAAGAGAUUCUAGGUACACCAUUGGUAGAAGUCUGUCCUUUAUUGCAACAGCUUCAGCAACAACAGUAAUGUUCUUUUUUUUUAUUAAUAUUGACCUCAUUUUAGUAAAUUAGGCAUAGCAAAAAGAAAGGAAAGUGUUCAAAAUUUAAAUGACGUGAUGAAAUAUCGAAGCAGCAUCCUUUGUUAGAAAUUCAUUUGUACACGUGAAUCCACUUGUUUAUGUUCUUUUUUUUAAUUUAUUACUAGGAACUAAUUAAAAUUAAGCGCAUAUAGAACUAUUAGAACAUUAUUUUGUAAAUACUAUUUCAUAUAUAAUACAUGUCUGUAAGGUAGAAUGUGAUAUUGCAUUGUCUUUUAAAAUAUUUAUAUAUGCACUUAUGAACUUGCUUUUUUCUUGCUAGUGCUAGUAAUUACUAUUUUUAAAUCUCAAUGUACUUUAGUACAUUAUUAUAAUUCUAAAAAGCCUAAGAGAUUUUAUGCAAGUACAUAUAUAUAAAUCAAUUAAAGUACAUUGAACGGUGAAUCAUUAAGAAUCAUUCCAUCAAUCUUGUAUUCAUUUAAAGUAUAAUAGGCCAUAGGGAAAAGGUUCGUUAAAGCAAGCAAUAUAUAGUAAAUAUUAAUAAUAAUUAAAUACCUAAUUAAUGAAAUAUAUUGCUCUUGCUAAUCGUACACAGUUCUGAUAUUCAAAAUGCUCUUCUAUUUUUAGUUACAUUAGUAAUAAAUGCUGUACGAUCGCAAAUUUAGAGCUAUUAGCAAAUAUAUUAAACUUUAAUAAUCAAAGUAGGAAACUUUGCAAUUAUAAUUUAACUUAAAAUUAAUUACAUCAAGAUUAUAAAAUUUUGAUGCCUCCUUUUCUAUAGCACAGAGACGAAGAAGAAAAUUAUCAUAGAUAUUAAAUUAUAAUUUAAUCAAUGAAA